AUGAUCACCGAGAAGGAAUUCUUUGAUGUGCGGCUGCACGUGGAGCCCUACAACCCCGCCAUCGCGGGCAACUUCCUCAGCCUCUUCGGGCUGACGUUCAACACCGCGAAUCUGCUGGCGUUCUGUGCUGUGGCAUUCCUGCAGUCGGGGCGGCUGUCACUGCGCACGCAGAUCCUCAACCCGCUGCUGAUCAUCCUGCUGUUGCUGGGUGCCACGGCGGCGCUGGCACUGCGGCUGGAUCUGCCUGGCACCAUCGUGGCCUACUACUCCCUUUCCACGCUCGCGCUGCUGGGCAUCUGCAUGGCGGUGCUCCAGGGGGGCGUCCUCAACCUGGCGUGCCUCUUCCCGCCCAUCUACAUCCAGGGCUUUGUUGUGGGGGCGGGGCUGUCAGGCGUGGGCACCUCUGCUUUGUCGUUCAUCACGCAGCUGCGCGCCAGGGAAGGACCUGCUGAAGAGGGCGGCGGCGCGCUGCUGCGCGCAGUGCUGCGAGACAGCUUUGGGGAGCGUACGCCCGCCGAGGUGGCGCCCGCCGCGUUUGCCUACUUUGCGGCUGCGGCCAGCGUGACGGCGCUGUGUGCUGUUGCAUUCACCCUGCUGGGCCGGCUCGAGUACUCGCGUGCUCGCCUGGUGGCUCAUUACGCUGCGGUGCGCCGCGCCCACCACGAGCCCGACCAGCCCCAGACAGAAAGCCUCCUGGGGGCGCCCUACGACGAGGCUGUGGCGGAGGAAGGGGAGCCCCUGCCUGGAGUGGAGCGCUACUACUGGCCCGCAGCGCUGAUACCCUACCUGCACCCCGCAACGGUGGCUGCGGAGCAGUCUGUUUACUGGGAGGCCUCACCUAUGGACGACACACUCAUGGGCGGCGAAACGCAUGAGGAUGCAGCGCCGGAGGCGUUAACGGCGGCCGCCACCGCCUGGGAUGACAAGGCGGGUCGCUGGGAUGGUGAUCUUUUUGUGCCAAUGAUGUUUGUCAUCUUCGCCCUGGGUGACGUCACUGGCCGCAUCGCCAGCAGCUGGGGCCCCUGGGGGCGCCGCCCCCCGGCCGCCGCGGCGCUGCUGGUCUACUCCCUUCUGCGGCUGGGGGUAGUGGCAGCGCUGCUGGUGUGCCACGUCGUGACGCCGUCCCCCUGGCAGCUGCCGGUGCUGCUCAGCACGGACUACUGGCCGCUGGGGCUGGUGCUGGCCCUGGGCCUCACGCAGGGCCACCUGCUGAGCACCGCCUGCAUGCACGCGCCUGCAGUGCUGCCGCCCGGUAAGGAGGCGACGUUUGGGCCCGUCACAGGGUUCUGCAUCACUGCAGGCUGCCUGGGCGGCAGCGUGGCCUCCACCCUGCUGGUGGAGCGCUUCACGCUUGGAGGCGGCCUGUGA